AUGCCUCCGAAGCGAACCUCUGCACGCGCCGCUGCGGCGGCCACAACCACCACCACCAAACCUGCGGCCAGCGCCACCAAGAAGGCUGCCCCCGUCGAGACGAAGAAGAAGGCUGUCGCCGCGACCAAGCCCAAGCCUGCCAUGGCCAAGCCUGCCAUGGCCAAGCCUGCCGUGGCCAAGCCUGCCGUGGCCAAGCCUAAGCCCGUCGCGCCAAAGAAACCCACUCCUGCCGCUGCCCGCAAGUCGCAGAAGGCCUCCGAAGAGUCGGACAAGGAGAAUGUUGGCGGUCGUCCCUUGGUGAACGGCGUCAAGCGCAAGCGUGGCGCCACACUUGACGAUUCUGAGGACGAGUCGGCCGAGGAAGACGCAGAAAGCGAUGUCGAGAUGGCUGAUUUCGACGGAGCUGAAGAGUCGGACGUCCCGGCUCCGGCACCCAAGCGCGUAAAGAAGGGCCAGUUGACGGCGCGCCCAACCAAGAAGACUAAGGUUGCCCCGGCCGAGGCCGCGCCCAAGAAGGCCGCUGCCCCCAAGAAGGAAGCCGCGCCCAAGAAGGUCACCAAGGCGGCAAAGAAGCAACUCAAGGUCAUCAACGAGGCCCCUAAGCGCGUCAUGGACAUCUUUGUCUUUGGCGAAGGCAGCUCUGGCGAGCUAGGCCUCGGCGCCGUCAAGGUCGAUGGCAAGAAGCCCAUUGACGUCAAGCGGCCCCGCUUCAACAGCGUCCUCAAGAAGGUCGUUCAGGUUGCUUGCGGUGGAAUGCACGUCGCCGCUCUGACCAGCGACAACAAGAUUUUGACCUGGGGCGUCAACGACCAAGGCGCUCUCGGCCGCGACACCGCCUGGGACGGUGGCCUGCGCGACGUCGACGCCGAGGAUUCCGACGACGACGACGAAGAUUCCGGCCUCAACCCCAACGAGAGCAACCCCGCCGAGAUCGACACCUCCGAAGUCCCCGAGGACACCAACUGGGUCCAGGUGGUCGCCAGCGACAGCGCCACUUUUGCCCUCACCGACACUGGCCUCGUCUAUGGAUGGGGCACAUUCCGGAGCAACGAAGGCAUUCUCGGCUUCAGCCGCACCGUCUUGAUCCAGAAGCUGCCGUCGCUCGUCCCGGAGCUCUCCAAGAUCAAGCAGCUGGCCGCCGGAUCCAACCACAUUCUAGCGCUAGACGAGAAGAGCAAGAUUUUCGCUUGGGGCGCUGGCCAGCAGGCUCAGCUUGCCCGCCGCCUGCUCGAGCGCGACGACCACGCCGCGCUGUACCCUUCGGGCAUCGGCUCGCUUCCCGGCCGCGCCAAGGCCGAGGACAUUGAGUGCGGCUCCUACCACUGCUUCGUGGUCGAUAAGCAAGGCCGCGCCAUUGGCUGGGGCCUCAACAACUACGCCGAGCUCGGCAUCUCCACCGAGGCCGGCAACGACGGCGGUUACAUCCUCAAGCCGCAGCUGAUAGACUCGCUGUCCGACUUCGAGGUGGCGGGCAUCGCCGGCGGCGAGCACCACUCUCUGGCGUACACCAAGGACGGCAAGCUGCUCACGUGGGGCCGCAUCGACGGCCACCAGGUCGGCCAGCCCACGGCCGUCUUCACCGAUGACAACUCCAUCUUCGACGAGAACGGGAAGCCGCGCAUCCUGCUCAACCCCACCGCCGUCGCCGGCAUCAGCGGCGUCGUUCACGUCGCCGCCGGCACCGACCACAGCUUCGCCGUCACCGCCCAGGGCAAGGUCUACUCGUGGGGCUUCUCCGCCAACUACCAGACCGGCCAGGGCACCGACGACGACAUCGAGAGGCCCACCCUCAUCGAUAACUCGGCCAUCCGCGACCGCAAGAUCGUCUGGGCUGGAGCCGGCGGCCAGUACUCCGUCCUGGGCGCCGAGCCGCAGUCUUCUUAA